AUGGAAGCAGGAAGUGCAGCAGGUUCACCAUUUGUUGCUAAUAAUGAAGAAGAAGAAGAGUUGGCAUCAGUUAUCUUAGGUAUGCCUCCGGGUUUCAGAUUCCAUCCAACCGACGAAGAGAUUAUCGUACACUAUCUUCUCAAAAAGUCGAUCGACCCCCGUUUUUCAGCCUUAGCCAUCGCGGAGGUUGAUCUCAACAAGUGCGAACCUUGGGAUUUACCAAAGAAGGCGAAGACGGGAGAGAAAGAAUGGUUCGUGUUUUGGCGGAGAGAUAAAAAAUACCCAAGAGGAAAGAGAACCAAUAGAGCAACAGAAUUGGGUUACUGGAAAGCCACUGGAAAAGAUAAAGAGAUACAUACGAAGAGUAAAAAAAACUGCCUAAUCGGGAUGAGAAAGACUCUCGUUUUCUACAAAGGGAGAGCUCCUAAAGGAGAGAACACUAAUUGGGUCAUGCAUGAAUUCAGAUUGGAGGGUAACUCUUUUCAUUACACCAACUUCUCUUCGACACCAGAGGAAGAAUGGGUUGUUGGUAGGGUAUUCCAGAAGAAAACCGGAACAAGAACCACUAGUAGUACUCCAUGCGCAAAACGACUUGCAAGAAUCGACUCUUUUGUCGAUCAUCUCUUGGAAAGCCCUACACCAUUAUCACCUAGUUCGAGUUUUCUCACGCACGAUGAAGAGCAUGAAGAAUUCCUUUCGAUGCCCACUCCUCCUAAUUACUACAACAUAAACCCUAAUAAUAAUCCCACUAAUUUCAUUAUUAAUCCUCAAAUUUCUCAUCCCAAUUCAGUGUUUAUUCCUCAUCAAUCCUCGUCGUCUCUUGUUUAUGAUCAUCAGUACAAUCAAGAUUAUUAUGAACAGAAUCUAAAUAUGUGCAAAAUGGAGCCUUUUGAUAAUUCAUCUCACAACUGUGUCACGAGUCAUCAACUCGAUCGGUCGUGUGAUGAUAUUAAUGAAAGGAGGUAUAAGGCGGAGUUUGAUGAUCAACAACUCGAUCGGUCGUGUGAUUUCUCUUUCAGUCCCGAAAUUUCAGAUUUGGAUUCUAUAUGGACUAGCUAG